AGUUCAGCUGAUGAAAAACAAGAUGAAGCUUCGAUAAUUGAGAGGUUUUCCAGCUUUGAGGAAGUUACAAACGCUUGCAGAACAGCUGGGUUAGAUAGAUGCAACUUAAUUCUUGGUAUUGAUUACUCGGCGAGCAAUGAGUGGCAAGGUAGGAAGACGUUUGGUCAGGGUUGUUUGCAUAAAACAUCGGGCAAUAAAGUUUACAAUCCAUAUCAAAAAGUUAUUUGGGUCCUUGGACAGACGUUGGCACCGUUCGAUGAAGAUGGAAGAAUUCCUUCUUUUGGAUUUGCGGAUUACGAAACGAGGAAUAAAACGAUUUUCAGUUUAACGAAAUCUGGACUGCCCUGCCAAGGGUUCUCGGAGGUUUUGGAUUGUUACAAUCAGGUAGUAGAAUUCGUUUAUUAUGGCGGACCAACCAGUUUCGUACCAAUAAUCGAUAAAGCAAUGAAGAUAGUCAUCAACUCUGACAACAACUACCACAUACUCAUCGUAAUAACCGACGGCCAACUUCCUGAGGAAGAAUUUUCAAAAACCCAGAAAACGUUAGUGAAAGCAUCCCAACUGCCUCUUAGUAUCAUUGUAAUUGGCGUCGGGGACGGUCCCUGGGACAAAAUGCAAAGACUUGAAAACCCAGAUAAAAGAUAUUUUAAUAAUUUUCGAUUUGUUGAGUACCACAAAACGACAAACAAGAUGAAACACCCUGACGCAUUGCUAGCUCUUGGUGCUUUGAUGGACAUACCUGAUCAGUAUAAAAGAAUAGCAGAACUAGGAUACAUU